AAUCGAGCGCAUAAUAUCUCACUGCAGCCGACGGAGAAACACAGUGCACGGCUAAUCAUGUAGCAGAGCCUUUGGAAAACUGAGUUUCACUAAGCUCGAGCUUGAAAUUGUGUCAUAAUGAAUAGGCCAAAACCAACAAGCAUCAGGCGACCUAGUAGUACUAAACCAUCAGGUCACCCACCUCCAGGGGAUUUUAUUGCCCUUGGAUCGAAGAGUCAGAGCAGUGAGCCAAAAGCAAAUCCAGCUCUUCUGAAACCGGCAUCUACGGGUUUGCCUCCGGACCGCAAGAGAGAGCCACCCUCAUCCCUGCCCUCAUCCUCUGGCCUGUCCAGCCUAUCAAAACGGCCAAAACACUCUUCUACUCCACCCAGCGCCCUCUCACGCCUCGCUGAGGUGGCUGCUGUUGACAAAAGAUCAAUUUCUCCCUCCAUCAAAGAGCCAUCUGUAGUUCCUAUUGAGGUCUCUCCUGCUGUUCUUCUGGAUGAGAUUGAGGCAGCUGAGGCAGAGGGUAAUGAUGACCGCAUUGAGGGUGUUCUCUGUGGGGCCGUCAAACAACUGAAGAUGAACCGGGCCAAGCCUGACAUGACGCUCUACCUCAGCCUCAUGUUCCUGGCCAAAAUCAAGCCCAAUGUCUUUGCCACAGAAGGUGUCAUAGAGGCUCUCUGUAGUUUGCUACGCCGUGAUGCCUCCAUUAACUUCAAGGCCAAGGGAAACAACCUAGUGUCUGUUCUGGCCUGCAAUCUGUUAAUGGCCGCCUAUGAGGAGGAUGAAAACUGGCCUGAGAUAUUUGUCAAAGUCUACAUCGAGGACUCGCUAGGUGAGCGUAUCUGGGUAGACAGUUCGCACUGUAAAACCUUUGUUGACAACAUCCAGACCGCCUUCACAACCAAUAUGCCUCCUAAGAGUAUGCUACUACAGACAGAUACGGGGAGAUCAGGGGGAGAUCUCAGUGCAGGGAACAGCCCCCAUCCUUCCACACCAGAUGAAGAUGAAGGUCAGACCGAACUUUUAAUUGCAGAGGAGAAACUCAGCCCAGAGGAUGAUGGACAGAUCAUGCCCAGGUAUGAUGAAUUGGCUGAAAGUGUGGAGGAGUAUGUUUUAGAAGUUUUGAAGGACCAGCUGAACCGUCGACAGCCUAUGGACAACGUGUCCAGGAACCUCUUGCGCCUUCUGACCGCAACGUGCGGCUACAAAGAGAUUCGACUGAUGGCUAUCCAGAGACUUGAGAUGUGGCUGCAGAAUCCAAAGCUGACUCGGCCAGCACAGGAUCUUCUCAUGUCUCUUUGUAUGAACUGUAACACACACGGCUCAGAUGAUAUGGAGGUCAUCUCAAACCUCAUCAAGAUCCGUCUCAAACCUAAAGUUCUCCUCAACCACUACAUGCUGUGUGUCAGGGAGCUUUUGAAUGCUCACAGAGAUAAUCUGGGCACCAUGGUGAAGUUUGUGAUUUUUAAUGAGUUGUCAAAUGCCAGAAAUCCGAAUAAUAUGCAAGUGCUCCAUACACUCUUGCAGCACAGCCCAGAGCAGGCACCCAAGUUUCUGGCCAUGGUAUUCCAGGACCUGCUGACCAACAAGGACGAUUACCUGCGUGCAUCCCGUGCCUUGCUUAGAGAAAUCAUUAAACAAACCAAACACGAGAUCAACUUCCAGUCCUUUUGUUUGGGCCUCAUGCAGGAGAGAAAGGAGGCCAGUUAUGUAGAAAUGGAGUUUAAAGAGCGCUUUGUUAUCCAAGUGACAGAUCUGCUGACGGUGUCCAUGAUGUUGGGCAUCACGGCUCAGGUGAAAGAGGCCGGCAUCGCCUGGGACAAAGGAGAGAAGAAGAACCUGGAGGUGCUGAGGUCCUUUCAGAACCAGAUCGCUGCCAUCCAGAGAGACGCUGUGUGGUGGCUGCACUCUGUUGUUCCUACCAUCAGCAAAGUCGGGGCUAAAGAUUAUGUGCACUGCCUCCACAAGGUGCUUUUCACAGAGCAGCCUGAAACAUAUUACAAGUGGGAUAACUGGCCGCCUGAGAGUGAGAGAAAUUUCUUUCUUCGGCUAUGCUCAGAGGUUCCUCUGCUGGAGGACACACUGAUGCGCAUCUUGGUGAUCGGUCUGUCACGGGAUUUGCCGCUGGGCCCUGCCGAUGCCAUGGAGCUGGCCGAUCACCUGGUUAAAAGAGCCGCCGGAGUUCAGUCUGAUGACCUUGAGGUGUUGCGGGUGGAGAGGAUCCAACUGAUCGACGCUGUGCUGAACCUCUGUACGUACCAUCACCCAGAGAACAUCCAGCUGCCAGCAGGGUAUCAACCUCCAAAUCUGGCCAUAUCGACGCUUUACUGGAAGGCCUGGCUCCUGCUGCUUGUGGUGGCAGCGUUCAACCCACAGAAAAUCGGUUUGGCAGCCUGGGAUGGAUACCCCACUCUGAAAAUGCUGAUGGAGAUGGUUAUGACAAAUAACUACUCCUACCCUCCGUGCACGGUGGCUGAUGAAGAGACCAAAACUGAGAUGAUCAACCGGGAGUUGCAGAUCUCUCAGAAGGAGAGGCAGGAGAUCUUGGCCUUUGAGAGCCACCUGGCUGCUGCCUCCACCAAGCAAACCAUAACGGAGAGCAACAGCCUUCUGCUGUCCCAGCUCACCAGCCUCGACCCAAAGGGACCCCCACGGAGACCACCUCCUCUCAUACUGGAGCAAGUGAAGAGCCUCAACCAGUCCCUGCGACUGGGCCAUCUGCUGUGCCGAAGCCGCAGCCCUGACUUCCUGCUCAAUAUCAUCCAGAGACAAGCCUCCUCUCAGUCUAUGCCAUGGCUGGCUGAUCUCGUCCAGUCUAGCGAAGGUUCCUUAGACGUGCUGCCCGUUCAGUGCCUGUGUGAAUUCCUCCUCCACGAUGCGGCCGAUGACGCUGCUUCCGUUGAUGAUGAGGAGGAAGGAGAAAGCAAAGAGCAGAGAGCGAAGAAAAAACAGAGACAGCAGAAACAGAGGCAGCUGCUUGGGCGACUACAGGACCUGCUGUUGGGUCCUAAAGCUGAUGAACAGACCACAUGUGAGGUCCUGGAUUAUUUCCUACGCCGUCUCAGUUCUUCUCAGGUGGCCUCCAGAGUGCUGGCCAUGAAGGGUUUGUCUCUGGUGCUGACGGAGGGAGGCUUGAGGGACGGUGAGGAGAGAGAUCAGCUCAUGGAGGAAGACUCGAGAGAUGCCGAGUUACUGCCAGGUUACCAGUGGCUCCUCCAGGACCUGCCCAAACUGCCUCUGUUUGACAGCGUAAGAGGCUUGACCUCCAGUGCCCUGCAGCAGGCCAUUCAUGUGGAAACGGAUCCUCAAACCAUUAGUGCCUACUUGAUCUACCUUUCCCAGCAUGCACCGGUGGAGGAGCAGUCACACCACAAUGACUUGGCCUUGGAUGUGGCACGUCUGAUAGUGGAGCGCUCCACCAUAAUGAACAGCCUGUUUUCCAAGCACUCAUGCAGGCCCGAGUCCGAAGCCGUUCUCUCCGCUCUGAUAUCCAUCUUCUCUACCUACAUCCGACGUAUGAGGAAGACCAAAGAUGGAGAGGACCUUUACAGCUGGUCAGAGUCGCAGGAUCAAGUGUUCUUGCGAUGGACUUCAGGAGAAACGGCUACUAUGCACAUUCUGGUGGUCCAUGCCAUGGUCAUCUUGCUCACACUGGGACCCCCUAAAGGGGAGAGUGAGUUUUACAAUUUGUUGGAUAUCUGGUUUCCUGACAAAAAGCCCCUUCCUACUGCUUUCCUGGUUGACACGUCUGAGGAGGCACUUCUGUUGCCUGAUUGGCUGAAGUUGAGAAUGAUCCGCUCUGAGGUGUCCCGAUUGGUAGAUGCGGCUCUUCAGGACCUUGAGCCUCAGCAGCUUCUGUUGUUCGUCCAGUCUUUCGGGAUCCCCGUCUCCAGCAUGAGCAAACUGCUACAGUAUCUGGACCAGGCCGUAUCCCAUGAUCCUCAGACACUGGAGCAGAACAUUAUGGAUAAAAACUACAUGGCUCAUCUUGUCGAGGUUCAGCAUGAGAGAGGAGCAACAGGUGGACACACGUUUCAUAGUUUACUCAGUGCUUCACUUCCUCCACGCAGAGACAGUUCAGACGUGAGCAAGGCUAAGGUUACUGUUGAAACACCUCAUGGCUCUGUAAAGAUGAGAGCGGUGAGUCAGGUGCCUGUCAUCGGCCCUGAUGAUGAUCUCGCGGCGAUUCUACUACAGCUUUUUCCACUGCAGGUGGAUCCACGUUGGCCUCCACCCCCGGUCCGGCCCUUGGCUUUAGCUCUGCAGCAGUCUUUGGCCCAAGAGGUGUUACGUGCACGGCAGGGUCACAUCCAGCAGGGCGGAGCUGCUGGACGACUCUUACAAGCCCUAGCAGCCCUUUUGAGUUCCACCCACGCUGGAGCUCUGGUCAUGGCAAUGCAUCACAGCCACACGAUCUCCUGCCCUCUACUGCGCCAGCUCCAUCUCUACCAGGGGUUGGUGUCUCAAGACGUCGGCUUCUCCACACUGUUCUUUAACACCGUCAUUCAGACGUUGACCUGGCUGGAGAGAUCGGCAGUAGAAACAGGACCACUCCAAAGCCUGCUGAAAUCUCUGGCCGCUCAGUACUCUCACAAACAUCGCAUCACAGAUGUUCGUACAGGGUUUCUGCACCUGGCUGAUGCUCUUGCAUACAGACGUGACUCUGAGGUUGCGAUCAGGGGCAUUAUUGCAUCAUUGAAAGCGGGAGAGAAAUGCAACGUUGAACCUGAACUCAUAAGAAAAGUGUUGCAGGGGCUGAUAGAGAUAAAGUCCCCGUAUCUGGAGGAGCUGUUGUCCAUGCUUAUGACCGUCGGUACGGAGACCGGAGCCCCCAGAAACACAGCGGGCCCCGUCGCCAUGGUGAUCUCUCUCCUGCUGCAGGAAACAGAGGAGCGAGGGGUGAAAAUAGAGGUGGAUUCCAAAAUCUCUGAGUCAAAGAAGCCUGGCUCGUGUUCAGGGCUGUUGGUGGAUUGGCUGGAACUGCUUGACCCCGAGGUGACCUCCGUGUGUUCAGAUCUUCAGCAGAAGCUGCUCUUUGCUCAAAACAAGGUUAAAGGCGGUGGUGUGAAUGUGGCCCCCUCCUACAGGCCGUAUCUGUUGGCCCUGCUCACACACCAGUCCAAUUGGAGCACACUGCAUCAGUGCAUUAGCUCUCUGCUUAACAAAAAGCAGAGGCUGGACCCAACCUCAGCUCUAGACUUUCUGUGGGCCUGCAGUCACAUUCCUCGGAUCUGGCAGGGGCGAGACCAGAAAACUCCUCAGAAACGCACUGAGAAGUUUGUCUUGAAGCUGAGCCCUGAAGAGCUAAUAAGUCUGGUGGAUCUCAUCCUGUCUGAGUCAGAACUGAACUGCCGUGACUCACCGACCUCCAAGAGCAAUCUGGACCAGGUCUCUUGUUCUCUCCUUCAGUCCCGCCUGCCUCUGCUGCACAGCUGUCUUCACUCAAACUUCGACAAUGUCAAGAAAAUCUCUGAGUAUCUCAUCAGUUGUGUUAAAAAGUGGGGAGACAGUAUAAUGAGUAAGAGGUGUCAGACGCUGCUACUGCAGAUCUACCUGCACUUUCCAGAGGUCAUCCAUCACGUCCGCCUACCAGAGGCCUCACUGAGCGGAGAGGGAGCAGCCGACGGCAGCACCUGCAAGUUGGAUGUUCUAGUGCAUCGUCUCAUCACCCUGCUAGCUGACACAGGAGACUCUAAAUCUGCAGAGAACCGUGUGGCCGAUGCUAAUCUGGCCUGCAGGAAACUGGCCGUGUCCCACCCGGUGCUUCUGCUCAGACACCUGUCCAUGAUUGCUGCUCUCCUGCAUGGCCGCAUCCAUCUGAACAUGCAGGAGAUCAAGCAACAGAACCAUGUCACCUUCUUCAGUGAUGUUCUGGCUAUCCUCGAGCUGCUGCAGCCGCUGGUUUUCCAUUCUGACCACCAGAGGGCACUGCAGGACUGUCUGCUGUCCUUCAUCAAAGUCCUACAGAACUUUAAAAGAUCAUCCCGUUUGCCGAUCAUAAAUAAAUUCGUACGGUUCAUCCAGAAAUACAUUACCCACGAUGCAGCAUCUGCUGUGCCCUUCCUUCAGAAACACUCUGAUAUUCUCCAGGGUCUGUCCACUGAGAAUCCAGACCUGGUGCAGCUCAAGUCUUUGCUUGCUGGACUGGCUCUGCCUGUAAAGUCUGGUUCCUCGGAGAGCGCCGCAGAGGACAGAGAUGUAGAUGAUUCGUCAUCAGGUUCCCUCCAGCUGGUCAACAUCUCAGCCUCUUUGCCUCUGACUGCAGCCGACAUGACCAAAUGCCUGAAGAAAAUCUCUAGAGGAGAAGCUAUUGAGGAUGUGUUCGAGGGAUUGACGGAAGUGGACGAGAAAUCCAAAAGGAAUCCUGAAAUUAUUCAGUAUUUUGUGAACGAUCUUCAGAGGCUGAUGAGUUCACCUGAGGAGGUGUGCCGUAACAUGGCGUUCAGUCUGGCCCUGCGGUGUAUCCAGAAUAUCCCCAGCAUGGCUGCUGAAUUCCUGCCAACAUUCAUGUACUGUCUGGGCAGCGGGAACUUUGAUGUGGUGCAGACAGCCCUGAGGAACCUGCCGGAAUAUGUGCUGCUCUGUCAAGAGCAUGCUGAUAUUCUGCUCCACAAAGCAUUUUUGGUGGGCAUCUACGGUCAGAUCGACACCAGUUCCAUGAUUGCAGAAUCCUUGAAGGUCUUGCGCAUGGAAGCAACAACAUAGACAUCCGUUUUUAUCUUUGGUUUUAACUCCGAGUGUCAUGCACUGUUGACACAAUUCAUCAUCAUUGAUAAAAAUCUGCAUUGAGACAUAGCAUUGGACAUCAUCUUUUAAAUACUUCCAAUAAAAAAUGAUAAAAACGUGCUGUUCAUCUGCUGGGAGUGUCUGUCAUUUGUGUAUGGCUUUAAAUAAUAAAACCACGAAGUUAUAAAAGCGUCAAAUCUUGUUUUUACUGU